GCGCAAUUGCAAAAAAUGCCCACCAACGCAAGCGAUGGUUAUCGUAAAUAUCGGUGCUUAUUGGUCUUUUUCAUGGUUGGAUCCCUUCAAAAAUUUCAACCUUCAUUUUGGGUCUGGUCUCUGGUGGUUCACACCUCUUUGCUUGCAGAAUGCAGAGUUCGAGGGUGCAUGAGGAAGCAUAAAUCACCAGAGUUUGCAUUCUCUACGACUCUGCAGCUCUGCCUACACUAUUAUCCAAUCCUCUUGGCGCGAAUGGUCUCCAGAGUUUGAUCAUCUCAUGCGUACCAAUACCACACAUCUCCUUACGGUUUCGUUCGGUUACAAGUUAUUGACUUCUUUAUACCCAGCUCGGUUUCUUAGCUAUCUUUACAUAGAAAACUAGAAAAAUUAGAAAUUGUUGUUGUGGAUUGGGACGAACGACGAAGACAACACAGUAACCCUGCAACGCUCGAUAUUAACGUCAUCUCCUCCCUCAACAGGAUCCUAGGAUUUUAAAUUUCGGAGCUCUAGUGUUUUCGGCUUCCUCCUCUAUGGAGCUGCAGCUGGUGCAGAAAGGUUUGGAUUUUUCUCGGAGAAGGAAGAAAUGGCUAUUGCUCCUUGCGGCCUUGGGUUUCACCGGAUUUGGCGUUUAUAAAGUUUAUAAUUUGCCUUCGGUGGUCAAGAAGAGAAAGAGAUUCUUUAAACUCAUGGGAGCUUUAGUUUCUGUGGCCGAACUGAUUUCUGACUCCGCAGAUACUAUGGGAAUCGUGUCCAGGGACUUGAAAGAGUUUCUUCAGUCAGAUUCUGAUCAAAUUCCAACCAGUUUGAGGCAGAUUUCCAAAAUUGCGACGUCCGAAGAGUUCUCGGAGUCGCUGGUAAGGGUCACGCAAGCUCUGACCGUGGGAAUUUUGCGAGGUUAUCGUUCUGAAGCAGGGAAUGACAAUGGAGCACAGUCCACUUCUAGUUUCUCCGACCGGGUUAUGGACAGGCUUUUCACUACGGCUGGGUCGGGUUUUGCUUCUGUUGUCGUUGGUAGCUUUGCCAGGAGCUUGGUCUUGGCUUUCUUCUCUGAUCGUCAAUCUUCGGGAGGUUCGCCCCCAAACAUACAGGAGAGUGUUUCCCGUCUUGGAUAUGAUUCCGCAUCCCUCCCGAGAUGGGUUAAUGUGGUCUGCAGCGAUAAGUGCAAAGAACUCAUAGGUGAUUGCAUCCAAUUGUUUGUGAGCACAGCUGUUGCUGUUUAUCUCGACAAGACAAUGGAGAUCAACACCUAUGAUGAAAUUUUCUCCGGUAUGACCAACCCCAAUCACGAAACGAAAGUGAGGGACAUAUUGGUCUCUGUCUGUAAUGGGGCUGUGGAAACCCUUGUCAGGACAUCGCACCAGGUAUUGACCACAUCUGCUUCGGAUUCAGAUUCUUCCGCAUUGGCUGUUGAACAAGGUGAAUGCUCGACUAUAGCUAAAGAUGAGGUUUCGGAGCAAAGGGCAUUAUUACCGUUGGAACAAAAAGAAAGAAACUCAUUCGAUGGGAUUAAGGACAAUGGAUGGGUUGGUAAAGUGUCAUCUACGUUGUCAGUUCCGAGCAAUAGGAAGUUUGUUCUGGAUGUUACUGGGAGAGUGACCUUUGAAACUGUCAGAUCUUUUCUAGAUUUUAUGUUAUGGAAGCUAUUGGAUGCUUUGAAGAAGAGUCUAAAUGUUGCUCAUGAGGAGGUUGUUGAAAGGGGUCUGGAAGUCGUCAGAUAUGUCAGUGCAAAGUCUUCUGUGAUUGUAACCGUAUGUCUCGCUUUAUGUUUGCAUGUAUUGGGUGGAACCAGGGUCUUGAUGCCAGCUUAAGAUCACUCAUUUUCUUCUUUCUUUCCUCAUAAAGUGAGUUUACAUCAUGGCUGUGUUUCAGAACCUUUGUUCUGUCAAUUUUUAUUUCUUACUCCAAAGUCAUCAGAGAUGGGGGAUGCUGCCUACAUUAUUAAACUGCUGGCAUUGUCAAAUUUUCCAUGUGCAUCUUAUAAGAGUCUCCGACUUGUGGCAACUAUAAAUUUCAUUUUACUAGUUUGAUUGGAGGAAAAGUGAGACUUAGUUCUUGGAGGCCAGGGGUUUUUAAGUAGCAUUGUAGCAACCAAACCAUUGCAGGAUGCAAAUACAAAUGUGUAGCAGGAUGCAAAUACAAAUAUGUUUGGAGAUAACAUUGGAGGGAACCUCUAGACCAGUAAACAUACUUUAAUUUGUGGGAGAAGCUUGUUUUCUUGCUGAAAGAUUGGUAGGAUGACCUCUUUAAUAAGUUUUGUUCUUGUCUGCAUUUUUGAGGACGAGUUUGUUAAGUUGGCAAUGCUCAAGCUGAAGGAGAAGAAACAAGUGGCAGGAUCAGUUCCAAUCAUACAGGUCAAAUUGAUGACUUGUUCCUUUUGUCAUGAUAAUAUGUUCAAUGCUUCGAGGGAUCAGCCUUUUAUUUCUGCGACAAAUAUAAAAGUAGUGCCUCUAUGGAUGGCAUAUUGUAUAAAUGUUCUUUUCAUAUGCAUGAUAAGAAUAGCAACAAGACAGAACUUAUGGUA